AUGGGUGUUCCCGGACUUUGGAAUAUUCUCCGUCCUGCCGGAGAGACACGGUCGCUCACUCACCUCGCCGUCGUCGAUGGGUUCGAGGCUAACCCUGAUGGUGUCCGAGGCUUUCGCGUCGGCAUCGACGCGAGUAUUUGGUUCUUCCAUGCCUCCUACGGUCGCGAAGGCGAGAACCCAGAAUUGCGUACUCUGUUCUUCAAAUGCAUGCGACUGAUGAGCGCGCCCUUUCUGCCUCUGUUCGUAUUCGAUGGUCCGAAGCGCCCCAAGAUCAAGCGCGGUAAACGCGUCAGCGGUAAGCACCACUGGAUGGUACAGGGCAUGCAGGCUAUCAUUCAUGCAUUCGGCUUCGAAUGGCGUAUGGCACCCGGAGAAGCCGAGGCUGAGCUCGCCUACUUGAAUCGCAUCGGUGUCAUAGAUGCUGUAUACACUGAUGACGUAGACACGUUUCUCUUUGGUGCAAAGAUGAUCGUCCGCAACCCAAGCCUGACCCUGACCGGCAACCAUGCGCACUCACUCAAGAAUGCCGAUGGACGAAACGAUGGUAACCAUGUUGCGAUAUACAAGGCAGACAAGAUCCUCGAGCAUCCAGCGGUGCAGCUUACCCAGGGCGGGCUCAUCCUCAUCGGCAUCCUGCGCGGCGGCGACUAUCAGCAGGAGGGGCUCCCCGGCUGCGGCCCGACGAUCGCACACGGGCUGGCCAAAUGCGGGUUCGGCGAUACGUUGCUACAAGCGGCGCGCACCCUUCCUCGCGAGGAUCUGCCCGCGUUCCUCAAGAUCUGGCGCGAUGACGUGCGCGCGGAGCUCCGGACCAACUCUCGUGGAAUUCUUGGAAAGAAACACAUCGCGCUCGCCAACAGGAUGCCGACUGACUUCCCACCCGUGGACGUACUGCUGAGCUACACGCAUCCCAUCACAUCUGAGGAGAAGGGCAUGGGUCACAGAAACACAGUAAUUGACUGGGAGAAGGAGCCGGAUCUGGGCAAGAUCGCAGCAUUGUGCGAAAUGUACUUCGAGUGGGGCGUUAAAGAGAUCAUCAUCAAGCGUUUUAGAACUGUGCUGUGGCCUGCGGCGGUGCUACGCAUCCUACGGCGAUCAGUACUCUUGCAGGACAAGAAGGUAGCGAGGUCAACUUGGCGCGCAGCGAUCGGCGUACCCUCUACACCGAGGAAGAGCGGCAAGGCACGUAAAGUAUCAGGCACGCCUUCGUCCAUGAUCGCGAAGCAUUUCUCCUAUCUAGAGCUCGGCUCUCCUAUGAAAGGCGGCGGACGUGACUCUGAUGCGGAGGACGACGAGGAUGAGGAGCCAUUAAUCGUCAAAAUCCGCUCGUCUCGGCAGCAUGCUUCCACGGAUGGCGUCCUCGAAUAUCGUCUCGAGAUAGCCCCUACUCAGCUAGCACGGCUAUGCGAAGCAGGCGUAAAGGGUCUUCGCACUGCCCUCGAUACGGGACUCUCAGCAUCAGACGGGGACGAUGAACAUGAGGGUGACCAAAAAGGGAAAGGCAAAAAGAAACUGCCGCCGGAUCCGCAGAGCCACCUACGCAUCUGGCUCCCUGCAUGUAUGGUGCGCAUUGUUGAACCCGAGCUUGUCGAUGAGUUCGAGGGCAUUCAGGAGAUGCGAAGCGCGAAGAAGGCUGGCAAGGGCACUGGCACAGCGCGUGGCACAAAUUCUCAGUUUAAGGCUGCAGUGACAGAACCAUCUCCGUCCAGGGGAAAGGGUAAGAAGAAGAGCAAGAUGGUGGAGCCCAUACGAGAAGAGCAAGAGGAGAGUUCGGACGGAUAUACUUCACCGACUCCGCAGAAACCCUCUGCAGCAGCGCGGAACACGAAGAAGACCACUGAUAGUGCCGCUCGUCAACCAGCAGCGGACGCUCCAUCUGGUUCAUCGCGCAAUUUGAAAGGUCUCUUUCCAGCGACGAAAGGCACUAUUAUUGAGAAGAAUACUACACGUGCGACAUUGAAGACGGCAGCGAGCAAAGGUCAUCAUUCGUCUCCUCGCGUACCCAGGGAAGUCCCGUUCGCCAAGAGGCUGCCUAUAAACGAUGUGAGCUCAGACGACGAGCUGUCAGCUAAUGCUCUCCCAACCUUUCCGUCCAGGCUACCAGCUCUCAUGGCCAAUUAUGGACCCUCAUCAUCUUCGCAUUCAUCUGCAGCAGUGAGCUUCAUCCUCGCAGCACUUGACUCCUACAAUCCCACAGGAUCUACGCCAUCUUCUUCUUCCAAGCGUCACUUUACUCCCGCACCAUUUCCCCUAUCUUUUGAGGACAGCCCCUCGGCCACAGAUGAUCCUUUCCAGAGCCAACCAGCCGGACGACCGCACGCCCCAACGCCACCUCAGAAGGCACAGGAGCGGUCUAUCAGUUCAUCUGAUCUCGAGUUCGAAGAUUCGCCGCUGAAAAAGUCUCCGCGCAAAUCGCAGAAGCAUGGGUCUCCGCGCAAGCAGGCAAGCGGGUCUCGAGCGUUUAUUUAUAUCACAUCAGAAGACGAUGCAUUUGAACGCUCUGGUUCUCCAUCACCUCUAGGACGACAGAAGGGCACACUGGGACUGCCGCGCCGAGCACAGUGGAAUGCGAAAUACGUAAACGCCAAAGCGGACGUUUCAGUUAUCGAGAUCUCGAGUGACUCGGACAAUGCGCAGACCGUCUCUAAAAUUGCACCACUCACAUUGGCCCGGGCAAAGUCCUCAUCUCGUCCAAAGUACCGCGACCUCGAUCCUGACAGUGUCAUCGAUCUAACAUGA